CAGGGGUUUAGCCUGACACCUUGGGAGAUGAAUUAAAAUGCAGCACACCACAUGCACAGAGGACAGGAUCUACCAUGCACUAGAAAGAUGUCUACACGGACUUAGCAGGGAUGCUGUCUCCAGCAGAUGGGCUGCCGGGCUGUGCCUGAACUGCUGGAGCUUGCAGGAGCUGGUGAGCCGAGACCCAAGCAACUACCUCAUCCUCGUGGAGAAGAUUCUCAGCAAGGCCAAAGAGGUGCAGGAGAAGUGUGACUAUGAUCUUGUGAUGCCCCUGGCUCUCCUCUUCUACUAUGCGGUCCUGUAUGCUCCCCAUUUCCCACCAGGCUCUGACUUGCUCCUGAAGGCUGCCAGCAUAUACCACAGCUUCCUGACCUGGCCUGUGCCCUACUGUGACAUCUUCCGUGAGCUGCUCACCUUCAUCAGUGACGAGCUCAGAGCUCCUGGGAUCUCCUUCCAGAGGCUGGUGAGGACGGAGCAGGGGCUGCCUGUGAAGAACUACCAGACCUCCACCGUGACGGUGCUGCUGCUCAACCGCUCCGAGGUGCAGAGUGAGUUCCUCUCCAUCGCCGAGAAGCUGAGCGCCAGCCAGCACCCGCAGUGUGCCACGCUGGUCCUGCUCCUCGAGCACCUCUACCAGGCCAACUUUGGCACCCGCUGCCACCUGGAGAGCCUGCACCACCUCCUGAAGUCCAAGACGCUGGAAGAGCUCUCGGAGAUCUACGCCAGCGCGGCUGACGCGCAGGAGAGAGCAGCCACCAGCAGUGACCCUGUCCUGGCCCGGGAGCAGCUGCAGGCUGUGCUGCGGGACAUCGCCGGGGCCGCCUCCUUCCCUGCCAUUGCAGGUGAGGCUCAGCCCCACAGGCUCCACACCAUCCCCAUCCCUGCUGCUCGCUGCUACACGUACAGCUGGGAUCAGGAUAACUUUGAUAUCCUCAAUGACGUCCUCAGCAAAGAGUGCAGCGUUGUUGAGCCCAUGGCCUUGGAGAAUGAGGAGGAGGAUGAAGACGAGGAGGUGGAAACUGAUGGCUGUUCCCCUGAGCAGGACUCACUGCUUUCUCCCAUCUGUGCCAUUUCCAAAGACUCGGUGUACUCGGCACUGUCAGAGGAGGGAUCUAAGCCCUCACGAGUGUCCCUCUUCACUGCUUCCAAAGACUCCAUCUCAGAGCUGACAGUGGUCUCCAGAAAGUCCCUGAAGUCAUUUGUCUCCAGCCUGAGGGACUGCAUGGACAGUGGGUAUGCAGAGGACAGUGAUGAGAGCACCCUGGACAUGGUGGGGAGGCCAGAGCUGAAGGUGGAGAAGACCCACCACAAAUACAGACACACACUGACCAACAAGAUCUACAAACUGUUCAAGAGCAAAAGCCAGCUGGUCUUGCAGAGAGACUUAAAGGACUGUCCAAACACAGGCUCACUUUCGCUGCGCCGCGCCGAGAGCCUGUGCGUGCCCCAGGCCCAGCACCGCAUCCCAGCGCGCUCCCGGCGCGCUCACUCGCUGCCGCAGUAUGUUCUGAGCCCACAGCUGCCAGCCCCGCUUGCCCUGUCCCACCUCAGCCUCCACCGGCAGCCCUUCCUCAGCUAUGAUGAGGGCACCAAGGUGGCCACCCUGCGUGUCGUGGUCUUUGGCUCCGACCGCAUCUCAGGGAAAGUGGCCCGAGCCUACAGCAAUCUCAGGCUGAAGGAGAGCACCUGCCCCUCACUGACAAGGUACUUCAAACUGCAGUUUUUCUAUGUCCCCGUGAAGAGGAGCUUCUUGACUCCAUCAGCCCUACUGAUACAUCCCUCCCUGUCCCUGGGGGACCCACAGUUCCGGCCCUCAGCACACGUGGAUUCCACCUUGGUUGGGAUGGAGAGCAGCACCAAUGACAUCUCCCACUACAUUGGCAUGUUGGACCCAUGGUACGAGCGCAAUGUUCUUGGGCUGAUGAACCUGCCAAUGGACGUCCUGUGCCAGUCUGCCAAGCCAGAGGCUGCGCCCCAGGAGGACUCCCAGGAGCAGCUGCCCAUCCUGGCUGACAUGAUCCUUUACUACUGCCGCUUCGCCACACGCCCUGUCCUGCUGCAGCUCUACCAGACAGAACUCACCUUCAUCGGGGGAGAAAAGAUGACUGAAGUCUUCAUCCAUUCCCUGGAGCUGGGCCACUCGGCAGCCACACGGGCCAUCAAAGCAUCAGGUCCAGGCAGCAAAAGGCUGGGCAUAGAUGGAGACAGAGAAGCAAUCCCACUAACACUACAGAUUGCCUACAGCAAGACAGCCAUCAGUGGAAGAAGUCACUGGAAUGAUGUUGAGAAGGUCUGCACAUCUGUCAAUCUGAGCAAAGCCUGCAAGAAGUAUGAAGAACUAGCCUCAAAAACAGAGUGUCUCAACUUGACCAUGACAGAAGUGGUCAAAAGGCAAAACUCCAAAUCCAAAAAAAGUUUCAAUCAGAUCAGUGUGUCCCAGAUAAAAGUAGACAAGGUCCAGAUUAUUGGUCUCCAGUCCUCCUUCGCCGUGUGCCUAGACCAGGAUGAGCAGAAGAUCCUGCAGAGUGUAACCAGGUGUGAGAUCUCGGUGUGCUACAAACCCAGGGACAGUGACCUCUGUGCACCGAGAGGAUCCUCUUUGCUGCCUCAGGACCCCUCUGAGUUUCAUUCUCUCCUGUGUUUACCCAUUGCCACCUUCAGUGGAGCACUGCCAUAGAAGAACCCUGUGUCAACUCAGGCCAGACUCACAUCCAACAGCAAGACAGCCUCAGGAAAAGGCAGUUGAUUGUCCUCCUUUGGGCUUGAGACCCAUCUGUUCCAGGGGAACAGAUGUUUUUUAUGUCUAAAACAUAGUGCAGCCUAAGCAUUGAUGUGGUGGCUGAGCUGCUCCUGGUCUGGGCUUAGCAUAGCCUGGGGAAAUUGAGACAUUGAUGUUAUUCUCUGGUACCAAUCAGGGUUCCUAAGCAAUGGGAGGAAAGUGGUUUCCUUGAGAUCUCCCCGUAGUUCAGCAAGCUGCCAACACCUGGAUUUCUCAAGAGGGCAAGGCAAGACAGAGAUAUUUUCCAGCCAGAAAAAGGUGCUGUGGCUGGAUUUGAUAGUGACUGCAAGGCCUGUGUCAUCUGCGGGAAGCUCAUGGGAGAUGUUUUGGAAAUGGAUGUCCUUGGCUGAGUGGUGGUAGGUGGCCUCCAAUGCAUGCAGAGCUGCAGACCACCUAACCGAUGUCCUAAUGGCAUUUUACCCCUAACAAGCUGAGGGUACUCAGGAUGAGGAUGCUUUUUGUGGAUGGGGACAGGCUUCCUCAAGGUUUCCUUUAAAUUGGUCAGCUCAUAGCACUAGUUAGAAUAAGGUUCAGCUCUGUCCCCAAGGGCUGGUGAUACAGCAGCAGUGUAAUUUGAGGUUCAAUCUGGCUUGGAAGGAGCCAGAGGCCCUGGGGGCUUCAGCUGUCUCAGAGGAGCAUGGGUCAGACGUGUCUGCUGGAUUUCUUUUCAUCCCUCCUGGAAGUGUUUUUGGGAUUUCUCAUGUGCUGGGAAGUCUGAUCCUGGCCCCACUGCCUCUGUUGUGUGGGGACAGCUUGGUCUGGACCCAGGGGUGAACACCUCAGGUUAAGGAGGAACCAGCUGGCUCUUCAGUGUCCUCAGCAGCUCUGGAUGCAGCUUCUGCCAAUGGCCAGAGAUGAGCAAAAGCAAGAUAUGAACAUGCUCCCAAGGCCUCUGCCCUUCAUCCUUUUACUUGAAUAAACCAUCCCAAGGAUGGUGGUGUCUUCUGGACUCCAAGACAAGACCCUCGUGUAGGGUGAAGCAUCUUGAACACAUGUAGGUGCUCUGGCUCCAUGAUGUGCUCAAAGCACAGACUGGACAGGGACACCCAGGACACUGCCAGGUUGGGGUGGGCUGGCCCAUCCCUCACAGGGUGCCUGCAUGGUGAGGUGGGAAUGUGUCCUGAGCUCUCUGCUCUGCACUUCUCUGCAGGGCAUUUUAAAUCAGUAUUUUCAGUCCAGUAGGCUCCAGGGAUCAGGAACACACUCAGAAAAAAGUUUUCCCUCUGAUUUGUCAUUUCCCAAACAGGUUUGUGAGCACCUUCUCAUAUGGGGCUGAAAUUUGACAGCUGUUUUUUUUUGCUCAAUAUUUUAAAAUAGCACCUUAUCCUGUCACAGCGUUGCUAUUUGGGAUCUUUAUAUCCGUGGCUAAAUAUACCCCUGCUGCUGCAAUGAUAUAAACCUCUUUGGUUUCAGCUGGCUCUACAGAAAUACCAAAGAAGAGACUUUCCAUCUCGUAGAGAAAAACAACCACAAACUCCAGGGACUCAUAAUCCUGGUGGAGGUUUUGACCUCUGAUGCUUUCUGGAAGUGAAAGAAGUCUGAGGUUCUUUCAGGUCAUCCUUGUACAUAAGUGCAGCCUCACCAAAUCUGUGUAAUGUCUGUGCUGAUCUGUAAAAUACUGUUCAGAGAACUUCUAUGGACAUUGUAAAAUAUUAAAUGUUGAUUUAUUUCGA